GCCAAGCAGAAGCACCCCGCCCGCCUCCUCCCGUCCUCCGUACAUAAACGGAGGAGCUCCCCGAUUUCGAAUUUCGAAUUCCUCCUCCGCUCCACUCCGCUCCCAAACCCCGACCCCGGCCUCGCCCGCCCGCCCGCCCUGCGGCUCCAGAUCCGGAGCGGCGACCGGCGCACCCGCCGCCGAUCGACCAGGGAUCAGGGGUGAGGGGAGGGGAUGGCGGAGGCCAUCGAACUGUACCGGCAGUCCGCGAUCGGCGUGGCCCUCAUCGACACGCUGAACGAGAUGGUGAGCAGCGGCGCGCUCAGCCCGGAGCUCGCCAUGGCCGUCGUCAUGCAGUUCGACAAGUCCAUCUGCCACGCGCUGGACAAGCAUGUCGAGAGCAAGGCCGUCUUCAAGGGCGGCAAUCUGCGCACGUACAGGUUCUGCGACAGCGAGUGGACUCUCAUCCUGAGAAACACAACAUUCAAGAACGAGGAGAUCGAAACAGUCCUCCCCAAGGUGAAGAUCGUGGCCUAUGAUAUGAGACUGAUUGAGGAGCCUGUAGAACCUAUCACUUGCCAGCAAUGCCAGUAGUCCAGCACCUGUAGCCAUACUCUUCAUGAUAGACCAGGCGCCACCCCAAACUAGACAGUCAUCGGUAUCGCUUAUGGAAUGAUCCCACGAGCAUCUAGGCAGCUUCCAUUGUGCCAGAACAUAAUGGUUCUGAAUUUGUUAUCGUUUGCAUCGUUUAUGUAACGAUAAUGUUUGUGGAUGAGCGGAACUACGAAUCGAAUGCGGUUGAAUUGUGACAAGUUCAUUAA